GCCGUGGGGGCCGUGUCCCCGCGGGGAGAGCGGGAGGGGGCCACGGUGCCACAGCAUCACGGUGCGUGCGCCUGGCUUAAACACAUGGCAGGGAGGAUGCUCAGGGCCAAAAGGUGCAGCCAAGGGGACCCCACGGGGGGGGGGGGGGGGGGGCGUGUUUCAGCUCCCCCAGGGUGCCACGGCGGCCCCUGGAACACCCCCAGGGGAUGCUCGGUGGUGGCGGCGGGGUGGGUGCCUCGUGGGAGUGAGCUGGACACACCUGUGGUGUUUGCUCAGCAGGGAGCAGGUCCUGGAAAGCACUGAGCUGUUUGGGAGGGGGCGGGUGGCGCGGCGGGUCAGUAUAAAGUCCAGGUGUUGUGCUGCGUGCUGAGGACGCAGCGCUGGGAGCCUUUCUGGGAGCAAGCCCCGCACGGAGGCGUGAGGAACGAUGAACUGGGCCGGCCUCUACGCGGUGCUGAGCGGCGUGAACCGCCACUCCACUGCCAUCGGGCGCAUCUGGCUCUCUGUCAUCUUCAUCUUCAGGAUAAUGGUGCUGGUGGUGGCGGCCGAGAGCGUCUGGGGGGACGAGAAGUCUGCCUUCACCUGCAACACGCAGCAGCCAGGCUGCAACAGCGUCUGCUACGACCACUUCUUCCCCAUCUCCCACAUCCGCCUGUGGGCCCUGCAGCUCAUCCUCGUCACCACGCCAGCCCUGCUGGUGGCCAUGCACGUGGCCUACCAGCAGCACCAGGAGAAGAAGCUGCUGAUGAUGACGGGGCACGGGGACGCCAAGCACCUGGAGGAGGUGAAGAAGCACAAGAUACGCAUCGCGGGCUCGUUGUGGUGGACGUAUGUCUUCAGCGUGGUCUUCAGGCUGCUCUUCGAGGCGGUGUUCAUGUACAUCUUCUACAUGAUCUACCCGGGCUACCAGAUGGUGCGGCUGGUCAAGUGCGAGGCCUACCCCUGCCCCAACACCGUCGACUGCUUCGUCUCCCGGCCCACCGAGAAGACCAUCUUCACCGUCUUCAUGCUGGUCACCUCCAGCAUCUGCAUCGUGCUCAACAUGGCCGAGCUGGUCUACCUGGUGGUGCGGGCCUGUGCCCGGCGGGGCCGGCAAAACUCCAACCCCUCGUCGGGGAAGGGCUCUUUCUACGGGCACAAGCUCUCCGAGUAUAAGCAGAACGAGAUCAACCAGCUGCUGACAGAGCAGGACGGCUCCCUCAAGGACAUGCUGCGCCGCAACCCCGGGCUGCAGGAGAAGGGCGACCGCUGCUCCGCCUGCUAAGGCCCACGCCGCAGGGGCUGCAGCCCUUGCCCCUGCCCCACAGCCUCCCCACAGCCCCGGGGGGGGGCCUCACGCCGCCCACAUCCUGAGUACAGCACCCCCCGGUGCCAGCCUCCUGGACAGCUGCUGCUGCGCACUCGGGCCAUUAAAUCUCCGUUCUCAGGCGCUGCCUCCCUGCUUUCUGCUCCGGCUGGGACGUGCCGGGGGCCACGGUGCCAGCAUGGGGUGCCCACCCCUGCCCGGCCAGGCAGAGAGGAGAGGAGCGGGUCUGGGUGCAGCCAGGCUCCUGCCACCCACCUCUGGGGAUGCUUCUCCAUGCACGGGGCUGGCCAGCCCCAUACGUGGGUGGGGAAUACUGGGGCCUGGGGGGCUGUGGUCCCUGCAUGGAGCCCUGGCAGCACACGUGCGGGAGCAGUGACCCUCUGGUGGCAUUGAGCGCUAGCCCCUGCAGCCCCAAAGUAUAUUUAGAAAGGUACCCAGACCAAAAAUAGAGGGGAAAAAUUUCCCCCAGUGGCUGCUUCAUCUGCCAGUCACAAAGAAAGCCAAUGGGGCCCGCAGCUGCAUCACGCCCCGAUAACCCUGUGCCCGCUGUCGGGUGGACAGACGGACGGACGGAGCCGGCCGGACCUGUCUGCACCCCGCUGCGCACCGGGAAGGGCCUCGCAGCACCCUGCACCCCUGCACAGGAGCCGACGGCGUGGGAGCACCGGGCUGUGCCCCGCGCACCCGCAACGGUGAGGGGUCCCCGUGCUGUGCCCUGUGGUGGCCACGGCCACCUUGCUGGGGGUUGCUUUCUGACGGAAGCCUUUGCUCCCGCCGCCCUCCCCACGCCAGGUCAGGGCGUCCCAUGGGACGCGAGGUGGGGACAGCCCCAGCUCAGGGCCCCGCACGCCCGCCCGGGGGCAGGGUUGCGGUUGGGCAGGUGUCCGUGUGUCUGGAGCGCGGCUGUCUUGCAGGGCGCAGCGCCGCGCACCAUGGGGGACUGGAGCCUGCUGGGGCGGCUGCUGGAGAGCGCCCAGGAGCACUCCACGGUGGUGGGGAAGGUCUGGCUCACCGUCCUCUUCGUCUUCCGCAUCCUGGUGCUGGGGGCGGCCGCCGAACGGGUCUGGGGUGACGAGUUGGCUGGCUUCUCCUGCGACACGCAGCAGCCCGGCUGCCAGAACGCCUGCUACGACAGCACCUUCCCCCUCUCCCACCUCCGCUUCUGGGUCCUGCAGAUCAUCUUCGUCUCCACCCCCAGCCUCGUGUACUUGGGACACAUCCUGCACCUGGUGCACCUGGAGGAGAAGGCGCAGCAGCGAGCGGUGGCACGGGCUGGCAACGGGGCCAGGCGGCAGCGCCCCGGGCAGCCCCCGCUCCACACAGGGGAUGUGCGGGGCCGGGUCCAGAUGCGGGGGGCCAUCCUGAGGACAUACGUCUGCAACGUUGUCUUCAAGGCUCUCUUUGAGAUGGGCUUCAUCGCGGGUCAGUACGCCUUGUAUGGGUUUGAGCUGAAGCCCCUCUACACCUGCAGCCGCUGGCCCUGCCCCAACACCGUCAACUGCUACAUCUCCCGGCCCACCGAGAAGACCAUCUUCAUCCUCUUCAUGCUGGGGGUGGCCUGCGUGUCCCUGUUGCUGAACCUGGUGGAGAUCUACCACCUGGGCUUCACCAAGUGCCGGCAGGGGCCACGUCCCAGGUCCCAAGUCCUGCCUGGCCCUGGCAGCCCUACGGAGCCCCGCAGCGCCCGUGUCACCUUGCCUGGUGGUGGCAGCCUCACGGAUGCCAGCAGACCCCACCAUGGCCUGGCACCCCUGGGGAAGGCUGGCGCGUGGCUGGGGGUGGCCAGCGGGUCCCGCGGGAAGGCGCGAGUGGGGGACCUGGCGGUGUGAACGCAGCCGGUGUGUCGGGAUGCUCAGGGAUGGGUGAUGCGCAGGAUGCUGUGGUGGCCACAGUUGUGGUUCCAUCUCAAGGACCUGCCAGGCCCCACGGCCAGUGCAAGAGCUGGGCAUGUCCCAGGAGCAGCAGGACCAGGCUAGGGCAGGGGCAAACACCACUACCCCGCCCAUCAGCCCUGGGGAGCAAAUAAACACUCAGUACAACUC